AUGGCAGACUAUUAUGAAAUUUUGGGUGUUACUAAAACAGCCUCUACACAAGAAAUCCGUUCAGCCUAUAAGAAACUUGCAUUGAAAUAUCACCCUGACAGAGCACCAGAAGAUAAAAAACAAGAAUAUGAAGAAAAGUUCAAAGAUAUUGCUCACGCAUAUGAAGUACUAACUGAUGACCAAAAGAGAAAAAUUUAUGAUCAGUACGGAGAAGAAGGCUUGAAAGGCGGUGCAGGUGGUGGUUUCCACGAUGCUGCCGACAUCUUUAGCCAUAUCUUCGGUGCUGAUGAAGGAUUUGGAGGAUUCUUUGGUGGUGGUGGACGACGACAAACCGGACCAAAGAAGGGUAAAACAAUUGCUCAUGAAAUUCAAGUAUCACUCGAAGAUUUGUAUAAUGGAGCCACUAGAAAAAUUAGAGUUACAAGAACCCGUAUUUGUACACACUGUAAAGGAACUGGUGCCACAAAGGAUGAUGCUGUUAUCACUUGUAAAUCAUGUCAAGGAAAGGGAAAAAAGGUCGUUACCAAGAGUAUGGGACCUGGUUUUGUUCAACAAUAUGUUACACCUUGUGAAGUUUGUGAUGGUACCGGAAAGAGUAUUGACAAGAAAUUCAUUUGUAAGGAAUGUCAAGGAAACAAAGUUACCAAUGAUGUCAAAGUUUUGGAGGUCCAUAUUGACCCUGGUAUGAAAGAACAACAACAAAUCGUUUUUGAAGGAGAGGCUGAUGAGAGACCUGAUGUCCUUCCUGGAGAUAUUGUAUUUAUUGUUCAACAAAAACCUCACCCAUUUUUAACAAGACAGGGAAACAAUUUGCAUAUGAAGAAGAAGAUCAACUUGUUGGAAGCCUUAACAGGCGUAGAAUUUUCUGUGAAACACUUGGACGGAAGAACUCUUGUAGUCCGAUCGAAGAAAAGUCAAGUUAUCAAACCAGGAAUGGUCAUGCAAAUUUCCAAAGAAGGCUUCCCAAUUCACAAGUCUCCUUUCCAGAAGGGUAAUCUCUACAUUGAAUUUGAAGUUGAAUUCCCAGAUCAAAUUCCUGAAAAACUCCAUCAAGAGCUUUCCAAGAUUUUACCAAUGAAAACCAAUAAGGCUGACGUUAUGGAUGAGUCUUCCGAUAACGUCGAAGAAGUGUUUUUAACUGAAGCUGACCUCUCUCAGAACAAUGGCGACAGCAGGAAUCAAUAUGACAGUGACGACGAAUAUGAAGGUCGUCGUGGACAAAGCGUUCAAUGUGGAACUCAAUAA